CUGAGGAAGGAAGGCAACAUGAAGUUCAUUUGGCUGGUAGCAUUCUUGGGGGCAGCUGUUGCCUUCCCCAUCGAUGAUGAAGACGAUGAUAAGAUUGUGGGGGGCUACACCUGCCAAAAGCAUUUUGCUCCCUAUCAGGUCUCCCUGAAUGCUGGAUACCAUUUCUGUGGUGGUUCCAUCAUAAAUAAACAAUGGAUUGUUUCAGCUGCUCAUUGCUAUAAAUCCCGAAUCCAAGUGAGACUUGGGGAACAUAGUUUGACCAAAGAUGAUGGUUCCGAGCAGUACAUUGAUGCAAUCAAAAUCAUUCCACAUCCCAAAUUCAACCGCAGAACUUUGGACAAUGACAUCAUGCUCAUCAAACUGUCCAAAACAGCCAGUCUCAAUUCCCGUGUUUCAGCAAUCCGUCUACCAAGCAGUUGUCCAUCCACCGGAGCAAUAUGUUUAGUCUCUGGCUGGGGCAACACCCUCAGCAGUGGCACACACUAUCCAGACCUCCUACAGUGCCUGAAUGUCCCUGUACUUUCUCAGAGUGGGUGCAAUAAGGCUUAUCCAGGAAAAAUCACCAACAAUAUGUUUUGUGCAGGAUACCUGGAAGGUGGAAAAGACUCUUGUCAGGGAGAUUCUGGUGGCCCAGUUGUCUGCAAUGGAGUACUCCAAGGAGUUGUCUCUUGGGGCAAUGGAUGUGCUCAGAAAGGUAAUCCUGGUGUCUACACUAAAGUUUGCAACUACAUUUCCUGGAUUCAGCAAAUCACCAGUUCCAACUGAUCUGUACUUCCUGUCACUUUUCACAGCCAUAGCUAACAUUUCACAGACUGAGGAGAGAGAGAUUAAAGCUGCA